UUUAUUAUUCUACUUCUGUAAAAUAUUAAAUUUAUAGAAACGUGACAAAAGAAAAAAAAAAGUCUAAUAUAAGAAACAAUAAUCAACGUUUAGUGAGUAAAUGGAAGGCAUGGCAACUAUAUCAAAGAAAUUGAAAUUAGUUGAAAAAAAAGUCAAGAAUGAAAUACCUCGUGGUAAAGCAAAAUCCAAUAGACCUUGGAAAACGCCGAAAACUAAAUUUGCCACCAUUAAAAAAACCCUACCUCGCUUAACGUUCGAAAAGAAAAUGGAAUUACGUCGUGAGCUGCGUGCCAUUAAGGAGCGGUCAAAAGAAAUAAAGGAUGAACGUAAACAAGCUGCUAUUGCUAAACAUCAAAGACAAUUGGAAAGCGCUGAAAAACGUUUAGCCAACGAGCAACGUGCAGAAAUUGUACAAGUCAUUAAGAAUCCCGCCAAAUUGAAGCGCAUGAAAAAGAAGCAAAUACGUUUAAUUGAAAAGCGGGACUUAAGUCAAGUGAAAGUGAUAUAAAUUCAUUAAUAUUUAGGUUCAAAUAUAUAUUUUUUAAUACAAUCAAUAAUUUAAAUGUUUACAUAAAAAAAGACAAUAAUUUUGUGAGCUUUAAUUGCACAGU